ACUGUGCACGUGAUCGAAGCACGCUCGUAUCGCAAUUCCCACCCUACGUCCUGGACAACCCUCGUCAUUACUAGCACCGUUCUCACAGUUGUUUCGGUUCAGUGACUGCUGGCUCGUGUUGCUGGAAGAGGCGUUGUUCCACCGAUGCCAAUCAUAUGUCGAACGUGCGGGGGCGAACAUUGGACUGCAAGGUGCCCAGAAAGCGUCGGAGGAGGUACGAACCCAGCUGCGAGAGGUACGGGCCGCGUGACGGGUGAUAGAGGCAGGGGUGGAAGUAACAGCAAAACUAAUGCCAUAUGUUUCAAUGCUAUGGGGCGGCUGGAUCAGCGUCGGCUUUUACUUGCCUGGGCAAGUCUGCAAGAGUCUGCGCUGACGGACCCGGCAUGCAAAGGUGAACGGAAUGAGAUCACACAUGCAACACGGUGUUUUCACCUCGAGAGCAAUUUGGCAAUUCAGGGCAAGUUCGUGAAAUUCAAAGCUGAGUAUUGCAAAUGGGAAAAAGAAGCAGAGCUGGACACAUACCUUGUUCAUGCGUUGGCGUUCAUCCACCUGCUGGGGCAAGUCAGGGAGAUUCUUUACAAUCACGAGGGGCAGCUGUGUGAGUCUAUUGGUGGUGAGAUGCGGCAUGGCCCAUUGCUGAAUGAGUGCCUUGUGCAGCAUAACAUAGACAUCACAAUGAUUACCGUUGAGUUGAAAGCUCUCGGGAUAUUCAAAUUUAAGCGAAUAAAUCGGUUGCGCAACGCCUUCGUCAAGCAGUCAGCAGGCCGAUGGAAUAUUUCAUGCGCAAGAGCAAAGGAAAUCGGCAAAGAAUUAAAUGAUUUAUGCAUUUCAGAGGAGGGCCAUUUUGUUGACGAGCUUCAGCGGCUGACACGCAACGAUGAUAUCAACAUCACGCCUGAUGAGAUGCUUGGUGAGCUUCGUCAGGACGACGCUGCGGAGAGUGGGAAGCGGCUCGAGGAACUUGAUGUGAACGCUAUGCAGCUACUUCAUGCCAUGCACAAGGCAUGGUUUACCCUUCGGGGCCCUCCACGGCACAUUGGGCUGGAUGAGAUCAAGGGCAACGCCCUGAAGGCAGCGCAUGUGUGCAACGGUGCCUUUCUUGACAUACACAGAGCUGUAGCAGACGCGUGCCCAGAGUCGGGCUUGUCAGACAUAUCAAGACUGCCUGACAUCGGCACCGUUAUUGAGGAGAGCCUCUCGGCUCUCGGCGAGGCUGGGAUGAAGACGUAAAGUAAAGUGAACGGGGCGUUCAAGACGAUGCACUCUUGGAGGACUUGCAUGCGGUGGAUCUAUUUGGCCUGCGUUGCAAACGCACGGCAAGGCACGGCGACCUGUACAUGAAGACGGUCUUUUGCGUCAGAGGCAUCACCCGUACUCUGACCUCCACUCAUGUCGAACGUCGU